CACCCUGCCCGCCUACCUUUCCCACCAACCGACUCACUGUUAAUCGAAGCAGAAGUUUGACAGCUCAGCUUUUACCCCAGGCCGUCCUUUGAGAACGCGCCGUUUGCACUUCACUUUUGCCUUCGGAAGAAAUUGUCUCUCUCUUUUUCAUGAUCGACUACUGUAGAAGGGAAAGACAGGUAAAUAGGAUCUUUCUCGGCAGUCUAUAUGGAGCGCGCCAUGUUAUGAAGAAUUCAAUGAGUCGAUAGUGUCACAUAUUUAUUCUGUCUGGGGAGUUUAUUCUGGACAUUUGUAUUGUUUUUAACGGGCGCUGAUAGGGAUAUAACCAUGUCGAGGGACCCUGAAGAAGUGAACAAGCUCACCGAAAGUACAUACAAGAAUGUAAUGGAACAGUUCAACCCUGGGCUCAGGAACCUGGUCAACCUGGGGAAGAGCUAUGAGAAAUCAGUGGCAGCGAUGAGCCUGGCUGGAAAGGUGUACUUUGAUGCGGUCUCUAAGAUCGGAGAGAAUGCUGCGGUCUCUCCUGUCUCCAGGGAGUUGGGCGUUGUGCUGAUGGAGAUAUCCGAGGUCCACAGGAAAGUUCACCUUGAGCUAGAGGAGAAUUUUAAGAGGUUUCACAGCGAGAUAAUAGCUGAAUUGGAGAGGAAGACAGACAUGGAUGUAAAAUACAUGACAGCCACCUUUAAGAGGUACCAGACAGAGCACAAGAUGAAGCAGGACUCUCUGGACAGGUCACAGUCUGACCUGAAGAAACUCAGGAGGAAGAGCCAGGGCAAGAACACCAACAAGUACGAAAACAAGGAGAGUGAGUGCCUGGAGACGCUGAGGUCAGGGCAGAUGGACAUGCAGAAGUUCAUUGCCGACGGCUGCAAGGAGGCUCUGCUGGAGGAGAAGAGACGCUUCUGCUUCCUGGUGGACAAACACUGCACCUUCUCCUAUCAGAUCGCUGCCUUCCACGACAAGGCCAGAGACAUGCUUUUCGGGAAGCUGCCCACCUGGCAGGACAAGUGUGGCGAUGCCACCAACGUGCCCGAGAGCGUGAUGUCUAUGAUUGAGGGUCUUCGCACCCCAGUGUCCAACCCCCAGGCCUCCCCCAUCUCCCAGAGACAGAGUAGGGUGAGAAGGCAUGGCAGGUUCAACUCCAUAUUCCGGGGUACAACAGUUCCACCCGUGGCCCCAGCACUGAAGGCUUAACAGACCAGCCCAUUGGCCAACUACAGGGACAAUGGAGGGGAGGAACUACUAAUGAGUGGCGGUUAACUAGGUCCCAGGUCAGUGUCUGUGGCCACAGGACUCAACAACAUUGUGAAGAGACCCAGGGUCCUAUGUACCAUCUUCCCCCACACCUCUGGGACCAACUCUACGCUGCUCAGCUUUGACGAGGGAGACAUCAUCACCCUGCUCAUUCCUGAUGAGAGGGCAGGUUGGCUGUAUUAGCUGGAGAAAACCAGGCAGAGGGGAUGGUUUCCAUCAUCCUAUUGCCGGGCAUAUUCAGAGCCAAUAGUGAAUAACAACAGUGUGGGGGCUCCUCCCAUGCGCAGUAAGAGCGUGGUGAACCUGCUCCACCAGGACACAGAGACAGAUGAUUCCUCCAUGGUCCUCCCCCCACCUGACUACAGCGACUUCCCCAAGAGGAGUGUCCUCCCGGGCAGCAAGCAGCACUCGCCCCCUCUCCCUCCUCCUCUUUGUACACACGACCAUACAGGAACCCAACUGAAUGGGUUUGGGAAGACGCCUCUUUUCCUCGGGGGAGGGAACCCGUUCACCGCAGUCAAGCUACGUCCCACAGUCACCAAUGACCGCUCAGGCCCAGCCAUCUAAACCUCCAGACCCACCCUCCUGUCCACCUCUACACAGGAGCGGCACCUCCAGCUGGGCAUCACCCCAUGCUGUCCCCCCUCCUCCAGGCGGAUGGACCCAGGGCCGGACACUAGUGUACGGGACAACUUGACACUGUGGGCUGCUGUGCUGAAGAUCCAGUAAUUUCACUACUACAGAUGCCAUUAGAAAUGACAUUGUCUAAUACAGUUGCCCUACUGCUGCAAACACUCUCCCUGAGAAGGUGGGAGGAUUUAUUUAUGUAAACAGAUGCACAUAUAUAGAUUUUCUAGACCUAUUUUUGUCGGUGAUGAUGAGUGGCGACAUACUACAUGCGUUCUCGCUGGGCGUGUGUGAAAAGGAGUCGAGGAAAGCCUGAGAUUGGGCCGUUGAAAUAUCAGAAUGUAUUUAUGACUCUUUUUUUUUUGCUUCAAUCACUCGUCAAUUUUUUUUAGUUGCCAUAGGGCAGUAGAUAAAUGAAUGUAUGCAAUACAGGACCUAUGCAUCACAAUUUACAGAGGUCCUUAUGGUAGUGUUGCUCGUUAUUGUUGAUAUAUCUCGAAUAUGAUAUGUAAAAUUGCAUUGUUGCUAUCAUUACUAAAGACCAACUGCUAGUGACUGUCGAAUAUAAGUAUACUCAUUCAAGGGAAGCGCACAUCAUUUUUCCCCUCAACUCCUUCCAAGAAGUGUACAAUGAAUUUGAUUGGUUGAGUGUGUCAUUGUCAUCUUGCUGAUUGGUUUUUCAGUUAAGUGUUCAUACAGUGCUGCUGUUACUAGUGGAAGAUGUGAGACCUGUUUACCUUGACUCUAUAUACCAACAGUAAUCAUUCUGUGAAACGUCUCUCACCUGUCUGUUAUUCAAGUAGCCCGGGUCAUGUUCAUUAGGCACCAAACGGAAGAAAGCAGACUGAAACCUUUGAGGGAAUGUUUCUUAUUGUUUCCUAAUGAAUAUGAGCCAGUAGUGCUGUGGACAUGCAUUGUUAAAAGGAGAUGGUUAAAUGGAACUCAUAACUUCCCAUAGACCGUGCAGCCAUUUUGCUUUUAACUUCAUGCUUCAUGGAAGGCAUUUUCAACCUAGUGGCUAAUUUUAUCAUGUUUCUUUGGUCUGCCUUGCCUACUCCCUGAGUUUGGAACGUUGCUGUAUGAAAAUAAACAAAUCUACACUGAACAAAAAUGUAAACGCAGCAUGUAAAGUGUUGGUCCCAUGUUUCAUGAGCUGAAAUAAAAUAUUCCAGAAAUGUUCCAUAUGCAUAAAAAACAUACUUCUCUCAAAUGUUGUGCACAAAUGUAUUUACAUCCGUUAGUGAGCAUUUCUCUUUUGCCAAAAUAAUCCAUUCACCUGACAGGUGUGGCAUAUCAAGAAGUUGAUUUAACAGCAUGAUCAUUACACAGGUGGACCUUGUGCUGGGUACAAUAAAAGACCACUUUAAAAUGUGGAGUUUUGUCACAACACAAUGCCACAGAUGUCUCAAGUUUUGAGGGAGCGUGCAAUUGGCAUGCUGACUGCAGGAAUGUCCACCAAAACUGUUUCCAGAUAAAAUGUCAAUUUCUCUACCAUAAGCAGCCUCAAACCUAAUUUUAGAAAAUUUGGCAGUACGCCCAACCGGACUCACAACUGCAGAGGCAUCGUGUAGGCGAGUGGUUUGUUGAUGUCAAUGUUGUGAACAGUGUGUCCCAUGGUGGCGGUGGGGUUAUGGUAUGGGCAGGCAUAAGCUACGGACAAUUAACACAAUUACAUUUUAUCGAUGGCAAUUUUAAUGCACAGAUACCGUGGUGAAAUCCCGAAGCCCAUUGUCGUGCCAUUCAUCUGCCACCAUCACCUCAUGAUAAUGCACAGAUACCGUGGUGAAAUCCCGAAGCCCAUUGUCGUGCCAUUCAUCUGCCACCAUCACCUCAUGUUCCAGCAUGAUAAUGCACAGAUACCGUGGUGAAAUCCCGAAGCCCAUUGUCGUGCCAUUCAUCUGCCACCAUCACCUCAUGUUCCAGCAUGAUAAUGCACAGAUACCGUGGUGAAAUCCCGAAGCCCAUUGUCGUGCCAUUCAUCUGCCACCAUCACCUCAUGUUCCAGCAUGAUAAUGCACAGCCCCAUGUCGCAAGGUUCUGUACACAAUAUCUAGAAGCUGAAAAUGUCCCAGUUCUUCCAUGGCCUGCAUACUCACCAGACAUAUCACCGAUUGAGCAUGUUUGGGACGUGCUGGAUCGACAUGUGCAACAGAAUGUUCCAGUUCCCACCAAUAUUGCCAUUGAAAAGAAGUUGGACAAUAUUUCACAAGCUACAACCAACAGUCUGAUCAACUCUAUGCGAAGGAGAUGUUGCGCUGCAUGAGGUAAAUGGUGGUCACACCAGAUACUGACUGGUUUUCUGAUCCACACCCCUACCCUUUUUAAAGUAUCUGUGACCAACAGAUGCAUAUAUGUAUUCCCAGUCAUGUGGAAUCCAUAGUUUAGGGCCUAAAGAAUGUACUUAAAUUGACUGAUUUCCUCAUAUGUACUUGAAUUCAGUAAAAUCUUUGAAAUUGUUGCAUGUUGUGUAUUUAUAUUUUUGUUCAGUAUAUUUUGCUUCUCUUCUCA